GAACUGAAGUUUCUAAUCAGAUGUGCACCAGUAGAUGUGCACCAUUACGUCCUGACAGAACGUGCUAAAAGCUCGCGCUCGGAGAAAACUUGUCGCGGCUGUAGAGCUGUUACACUUAUAAAGAAGAAUUGUUGAGAUUGUCAAAUAUGGAUCAAGUAUGGAUCAUUAUUUAUCUAUUGGUAGCAUGUGCACAUCUAUCAUAUCAGAGAUCAACACCAAGCUCUCCGACGUACGUAGCAGCCGUAGUGGAGUAUCCUCCAAAAUAUUCAAUAAACAGCAGUGAGACUCUGAGAGUAAAUUCUGACGCUUAUGUCAGGCUUAUUAAUGUGACUAGUCGUAAUAAUGCUGAUAUAAUCGUUUUCCCGGAAGACGGCUUGACAACAGUUAGGUUGCCCGAGAGAGAAAAAAUGGAGGAUUGGACAACCGUCAUUCCUAGUGCCUCACAUAAUUAUAUACCUUGUAGUCAAGAUACUAUUAAAGUCAGCGAAACAUUGAGAAAAAUAUCAUGUGCUGCAAGAGAUAAUGAAAUCUAUGUGGUAAUCAAUAUCGCUGAGAAAGCACCUUGCACUGACGUGCUAUCUUGUCCAAGAGAUAAAAUACUCUAUUACAACAGUAACGUUGUAUUCGAUCGUACAGGAAAGAUUAUUGCCAGGUAUCGUAAGACGAAUCUUUUUGAAGAACAUCAAUUUAAUGUGACAGCAGUACCAGAAAUAGUCAGUUUUUAUACUGAUUUUGGAGUGAAAUUUGGAACUUUUAUAUGUUUUGACAUAUUAUUUCGCGAACCCGCAAUACAAUUAACAAGAGAUCAUCAAGUUACUGACAUUGUAUACCCUACAGCGUGGUUUUCUGAAACACCAUUCUUAACAGCUGUACAAACGCAAGCAGGAUGGUCAUUUGCUGAAAACGUAAAUCUUUUAGCUUCAGGCUAUAAUAGACCUGGCUUUGGUAAUGCUGGCAGUGGAAUUUACUUAGGUCGUAAAGGAGUCGGUAAAGCAAUAAUGCCUGCAAUUACACACGAGGAAGUAUUGAUAUUUCAAGUACCCAAAAUAAAGGACAGAACUAGGUAUGAUAAAAACUAUCAUGAUUUUUCAAAGGAUGAAGAUCAGAAAGCUUGGCCACAUUAUCAUGAAAAGAAUAUACAAUUACUGAAAAAGCAGGAAGACAACACAAUGAUAGAUAAUGAUACAUUAUUUUUAAAACACGACAAUAUUCGAGUCUUUCAAACGCUUUCCCUGGAAGGAAAUGCCACGAAAACUGUCUGUCACAAUGGUUUCUGCUGCGAGUUUAAAGUAGAAAUUGCGAAAAUAGAUCUAAGUACUAAAUACCGUUUAGUCGUUUUUAAUGGUAUUCGUCAUUAUUCCGUCGUUGAAGCUUACGUACGUGCAUGCGGCAUAAUUCAAUGCUCGAACAACUCGGUCUCAUCAUGCGGUUCCGUGCAAGAAUCAGAAAUGGUAUUUAGCAAUAUUGAAAUUGCGGCAACGUUCCACGAUUAUAAGAACAAUUUAAUUAUGCCGUCUACGUUAAAUCUGGAUUUACUUCCGCUUGAAAAUUGGACAUUUAAUGAACACGCUCACGACGAUCAUGUGCACGUUAACAUGUUCCUAAAUAACAAUACAAACAAUUUAGUAACAUUUGGAAUAUACUCGAGGAACUUUAAAAAGAACAAUGCAAGUAAAAUAUCCUUUUACACCAUUAAUUAUUUCGUAACGUUAUUACUGAUUUUGUUUUCAAGAUUGUAAUUUGUAUAUUUAUAUAUGCAACAUUGUUCAUACUUUUAUCUACGUUUAGAUAUAGUCUACGUACAUAUAUUUAUAUGUGGCAUACUUACGAGAAAUCACGUACUUUUUACUUACAUUGACAAAUAAUUCUACUUGGCUAAGUUUUUUACUUCUCAAUAUCAAGAAAUAGAGAAUUAAAUCAAAAGUAAGGGAAAAUUGGUGUACAAAAAUUUGGCAGUGGACUAAAAAAAAGUAAGCAGUGGCCUAUAAUAUUUGACGGCAUUGUCGUCUGUGGUUGGGCAGUGGUAAUAAUGACUGGUGACAGUGGCAAUGCAGGAGGCAUUGCAUAGCAUUGCCAAGUCAGAGUGUUCGAAUUUUAUUCGGCAUUGGCUCGGCAGUACUUACGGCAAUGGUGUACAAAAUUUUGGGUUGUAAAUUCCCCCUCGAUCAAAAGUUAAAUUUGAAUCAGCACUUUUUCUUGCCAAUUCGCAGCUUGCGACAUCUGUAAAUAUAGAUAAUUUGGUUAAACAUAUUAUAUAUGUACAUAAAAAUGCAUAAUAUAUAUUUUUGAUAGAAUCAUAUACCUACAAAUGUAUUAGAAUUCUAUUGUGCUAAAUGUGCUAAUCUUUGAAUUAUUGUUAAUAAUUACGAAAUUAUUACUAUGUUUAUAUUAAACUAUUUAAAAAUAAUUUAAAAUAUAAUUGUUACAAAUGUGACUGAUUAGGCGAUUUUUGGCGAUUGUUUGGUAUAUAUACCAAGGUUGCUAUUGGUAGGGGCGGAGCUUAUGCUGUUAUCACUAAUAGGCUAUUUUUGGCGUGACUCUGGUAUAGCAACCGAAGUGUACCAAACUGUACCAAAGCCACGAUUCUGUAACUCGUUAUGCAGUAUCGUUAUAUUAUCGUUGCGCAGCUUUUUUACCAUAGUAUAUCUGCAACGUACGCGCAACAUAACGAUAACGAUACUGCAUAAUGAGUUUACACUUUACAGAAUCGCGGUUUUAGUACAGUUUGGUUGCUGUACUCAGCUAUACCAAGUAAUUUUUACCUCAUUUCGAGAUACACAAUCGACCCCAGAAAAUCGCCUAUUAGUGAUAUUGACAAUUGAAGUGAGAAAACGUAUGAAUUUUGUUAAACUUCAGACUAGUUUAGACGUUAAAUGUGUGCGCCAAAUAUUCUAUAACGACAUAAUAAUAAAUGUAUUUAGAAAUA